AUGAAGGAUACUUACGCUACUCUGGAGCAUUUAGAGAAUUUCAGGAAAGAGUUCCAGGAUACAAAAUUCUCCCCUUCAGUUUUCUCCAGUAGUAGGCUCAAUAUAAAGAGUGGGCGGACUAUUGAUAGUGAUCCUAUCGAUUUAGCGGAUAGUCACCUCAUGCAAAAUAUCGAAGAUCAUAAAUCCAGUCGCACGGGCUUUGGGGAAUCCUUUCAAACCGAAGAACAGCUGAAUCAUUUUAAUAUUUCUUUUGCGGGGGUAGUUGCAGAAUCAGAUAAAAGUAAAAAUAUGUCGUCUAGAUCUGUGGGCUCGUCCGAUGCACCGUUAAAUCUGACAUCAUUGCGAUCUACUGAUAAGGAAACAAGUGAACAGCUGUGCGUAUCGGUCAAUAAACAUAAACAAGCGGCGGCCAUUGCGACAUUAACUUUACAGGAGAAAAAUGAAAAUAUAACAGGCAACGAAUGGAAACUUGUACAAUACAAGUCAAAACCUAAAAACCGCGAAGUUCUCACUAUUGUCAUUAUUGGCGGUAUAAACGUUUUGAAAUAUCAAAAGGCACGGUCGAUCGGUGUCGAUUGGCACGUCGCUCGGUACGUUACGUUAAUGCUCAGGCGUGAGGAGGCAGGGCCGGGGGCGGGGGCGCGUAGCGGACCCGGACGAGGAGACUCUUCCGACGAGUCCCGACGCCCGGACCCGUCGAGGCGCGCGGGCGGUCGUCCUCCUCGGAAGGUUUAG